CCGGCCCAGUCUGCAGAGGCUCGCCUUCCUCUCCGCCCGCAGGUCGGGGCUGCUGCCGCGGGCGCGUUCCGCAUCGCUCCGGGGGCCCCAGGCGUGGAGCUCCGAAGCCAUCGACAGCUUCUGGCCCUUCUGAGCUGCGGUGGGCGAGGGCCCGCGCGUUUCCUCCAGCUGGGGAGGUCGGAGAGCGGAGGCGGAGGCAGUUUCAGGCCUUAGGCCCCGCGGGCCGGGUCCAGUGAGACGCGCCCAUCCUUCGCCGAACCGGGCGCGCGCGGGCCUCUUGGGACCUCACCGGCGACCCGUAGUUCGGACACGCGCUUGCCGCAGGCCGCAGGAAGGAGGGGUCCAGUCUGAGGCCUGGGGCGACGGCCGCUAUGGAGAUCACCUCGGCCCAGGGCCCGCGCCAGGAGCCUUGGGGGCGGCCCUGACCGCCCUCCUCCCUGCCGGGGCCGGGUCGCGGACGUGCCCCCCGCGGCCGCCCGCCACCUCUGCCUCUCCGGCCUCCCCGGGCCGCGCUGCUGCCUGGGCGCGGCGGCGGCGGCGGCGCCCUGUUGAAUGGGCUGUGCGGGCCCAGGUUUGUAGCGCUGGCGAACGCGGCCUCCGGGGGCGCAAGGCAACAGCAGCGGUGGCGACCAAACGGGUGUUGGAGUUGGCGGCGGCCAUGGAGGGCCUGGCUGGCUAUGUAUACAAGGCGGCCAGCGAGGGCAAGGUGCUGACCCUAGCCGCCUUGCUCCUCAACCGGUCUGAAAGCGACAUCCGCUAUCUGCUGGGCUAUGUCAGCCAGCAGGGAGGGCAGCGCUCUACGCCCCUGAUCAUCGCAGCCCGCAAUGGCCACGCCAAGGUGGUGCGCUUGCUGCUGGAACAUUACCGGGUGCAGACCCAGCAGACUGGCACCGUCCGCUUCGACGGGUAUGUCAUUGAUGGUGCCACUGCUCUAUGGUGUGCAGCAGGAGCAGGACAUUUUGAAGUUGUUAAACUUCUAGUCAGUCAUGGAGCCAACGUGAACCAUACUACAGUAACUAACUCGACCCCUCUGCGGGCAGCUUGCUUUGAUGGCAGACUGGACAUUGUGAAAUACUUGGUUGAAAAUAAUGCCAACAUCAGUAUUGCCAACAAGUAUGACAACACCUGCCUAAUGAUUGCAGCAUAUAAGGGACACACUGAUGUGGUCAGAUACCUUUUAGAACAACGCGCUGAUCCCAAUGCUAAAGCACAUUGUGGAGCCACAGCAUUGCACUUUGCAGCUGAAGCUGGGCACAUAGAUAUUGUGAAAGAGCUGAUAAAAUGGCGUGCUGCUAUAGUAGUGAAUGGCCAUGGGAUGACACCAUUAAAAGUGGCUGCCGAAAGCUGUAAAGCUGAUGUCGUCGAACUGUUGCUCUCUCACGCUGAUUGUGACCGAAGAAGUCGGAUUGAAGCUUUGGAACUCUUGGGUGCCUCCUUUGCAAAUGACCGUGAGAACUAUGACAUCAUGAAGACAUACCACUAUUUAUAUUUAGCCAUGUUGGAAAGAUUUCAAGAUGGUGAUAACAUUCUUGAGAAAGAGGUUCUCCCACCAAUCCAUGCUUACGGGAAUAGAACUGAAUGUAGAAAUCCUCAGGAACUGGAAUCCAUUCGGCAAGACAGAGAUGCUCUUCAUAUGGAAGGCCUUAUAGUUCGGGAACGGAUUUUAGGUGCUGACAAUAUUGAUGUUUCCCAUCCCAUCAUUUACAGGGGAGCUGUCUAUGCAGAUAAUAUGGAAUUCGAACAGUGUAUCAAGUUGUGGCUUCAUGCCCUGCACCUCCGACAGAAAGGUAACAGGAAUACCCACAAGGAUCUUCUUCGAUUUGCUCAAGUUUUCUCACAGAUGAUACAUUUGAAUGAAACGGUGAAAGCGCCAGAUAUAGAAUGCGUUUUGAGAUGCAGUGUUUUGGAAAUAGAACAAAGUAUGAACAGAGUAAGAAAUAUUUCAGAUGCUGAUGUCCACAGUGCUAUGGACAAUUAUGAAUGUAAUCUCUACACCUUUCUGUAUUUAGUGUGCAUCUCCACCAAAACACAGUGCAGUGAAGAAGAUCAGUGCAAAAUUAACAAGCAGAUCUACAACCUGAUUCACCUUGAUCCCAGAACUCGGGAAGGUUUCACCUUGCUGCAUCUAGCUGUCAAUUCGAAUACCCCAGUUGAUGAUUUCCACACCAAUGAUGUUUGCAGCUUUCCAAAUGCACUUGUCACCAAGCUCCUGCUGGAUUGUGGUGCUGAGGUAAAUGCUGUGGACAAUGAAGGGAACAGUGCCCUUCAUAUUAUUGUUCAAUACAACAGGCCCAUCAGCGAUUUUUUGACCUUGCACUCUAUCAUCAUUAGCCUAGUUGAAGCUGGCGCUCACACUGACAUGACAAAUAAACAGAAUAAGACUCCGCUAGACAAAAGUACAACUGGGGUAUCUGAAAUACUACUUAAAACUCAAAUGAAGAUGAGUCUCAAGUGCCUGGCUGCCCGAGCAGUUCGGGCUAAUGACAUUAACUACCAAGACCAGAUCCCCAGAACUCUUGAAGAAUUUGUUGGAUAUCAUUAAGUGACUGGAUAUGUAAAAUUGUUUAAUGUGGUGCUAAAAAGUAAAGAACUUUAAUCACAGACAAUAGAAUUAUGUGUUCAUAAAUUCUACUUUUCUUUCCAUUACCCUUUCUCCCUACCCAUCCUUCCUUAGUUCUGUAUUUGGUCUUCUAGCCUCAUAUGGUAAUUGAUUUCAAAUACACUUUAAACAAAGCCACAUUGUUUAGGUGUAACUAAUCUGAGGUGUUUGAAUAUUGGUCACUUUAACUACUUUUCUUUCUUUUUUUUUUAAGGAAUGAAUAUAAAAUGUUUUGUUUAUGUAACAGAGAACAUUUCUAAUUUGAAGUUGAUAAUGUUUGAAAAAAUUGCCUACAAAAGUAUUUCUGUUAAGCCUUUGUUAGCAUGUUAUUCUUGUAGCAGUUCUGAGGAUUUCAUGAAGAAAAACAACUAAAAGUGAACAUUAAAAGUAAUGGGAUACCCAGGUGUUCUGCACAUGCCAAACUGCUGUAGGUAGUUUUCACUCUUCCAUUAAUUAUGUGGAGUGAUACAGCACAUUGUAACAUCAGGAGGAUUUAAAAAAAUAUACUGCAGAUUAAUCUGAAAAAUAUGCUAACUUAAUAAUAGUUAUACAUUUAUAAAGUUAAAUCAAUUGAAAUUAUUGCAUUAUGCUGGGUGGUAUAUACCAAGUAGUAAUAAUCUUAAAGUGACAUUUCAGAAAAUAUUGAUGGACUGUUUGCCUUUAGGCUUUGAAUUCUAAAAUUCUUUGAAGUCUCUGUUUUAAUGUAGUUUAUCUAAAUUGCAGCAGUCUGCAUUUGACUCAGCUCACAAAUAUGUAAAAAUUAUGAAUGCUGUGUUUUCUUAUGAAACAAAUUGUCACAUAUAGUUACACAUUCUAUUUUUUUUUUUCUUUCCUCCUGUGUGGUAACUUUUAAAUUUGGAAACUACUUUUCUAGCAGGCAUUAUUUGUGCCUCCCUAUUAAGGUGUGUAUGAUAGAUGAAAGGAACCAGGAUCUUUUUAAAUUUUUUUUUCACUUUAUUUAGUCUGUGAUAAGUAGAAAAAAAUCACUAGUGUGGUAUAGGGAAUUAAAUAUUUUUGAUGAUGAAAAGAAUUUGCAAUGCCACUUUGAAAGAUAGUUCUGUUUGAGAGCUGCACAUUUUUCAACCACAAAAUGUCACUUAUUCCGACAGGUUGUACAGAGGUUUUUAUGUUUUUUGUUUUGUUUUGCUUUAAUGGCAACAUUUUAAGUGUAAGACUAAAAGAUUGAUCUGUGAUUAUCUUUUAAGCAUCACAGAAAUUCAAGCAAAGCAUACACACCUAUUUUUAUUGAUGUUAAAAAUGAGAAAGAAAGUAAAAUUAGCUAUAUCUGUAUUUUUCUCUCUAGUGCCAAAUGAAUGCCUUAGCUAUUCAUAGUGCAUGGUACUGUAAGUGAAGACCUACAGCUUUUUUGUUUCUUUCAUGAAAAGCAUUAUAAUGAUGUAGCAACAUCAGAUAUAAACUUAAAACCUGUAAGGUUUCAAUUAACAUUUUAUGUAUGGAAAUUGCUUUGUGAAGUAUAAGAGAAAGGUUGCAGUUGGAUCAGUAUAAAACAUAAUGACCAAGCCAAAAUCAGCACCUAGGGCCUUAAAUAAAAUAGCGAUACCCCACAAAAUGAAACACUUUGAAGGGUGGGAGGGAAUGGAAAGGGGGAACUUAAAGAGCUUUUCCCCCAAGAAUGCAAGAUACUUUUACAGCUACUGUAGUUAUACUUCGUGUGUCUUCUUGCUUCAGUUAGGAAUGUUUUGAUGGUUAAUUCUGUCAUGGUAAUAUAUUUCUGUUUUUCUAACCUGAGUUUUUACAAGGAAGAUUGGUUUAAAGGGAGGUAUUUGAAUGAAUCCUAAUUUGAAAAUUACCGGCCUUGAUCCCCCUGGUGUGAGUCAAGGAAAUACUGAACCUUGCUCUUGGCAACUGUAAUGGACUGACAGAGAAAAUGCCCAUCCUCAAGGUGAGUGAAUCACACCAUUCUACAGCUCAGAUCAGACCCUGCGUUUUUCAGACUUCAAGGCCUGCUUAUUGACAGUCUGAGGAAUGGCUGUGAUACAUGGUAUUCAUUUGGUUUCAUUAUUAAUGUAUAUGAUUUUAAACACCAAAACUUCAAAUAUCAGAUAAUGUUGCAUGUUUUAAAAAUCAUGUCGUCCCUUUGGCUACCCAGGACCAGCACUCUUAGAUAUUGCUUAUUUGUAAAAUGAAGAUAAUGAUAUGUGUACAUAUUCACACAUCAAAAUUUAAUGAUGCUGUUUUUGAGAAGGGAGGACUGAAUGCUGGAGAAAGUAAAACUGCUGAUUGAAAUGCUGACAAAGUUGGAGAAAAUUUGAAGACAGUGGACUAAACUAUGAACUCUGCUGAUGGUAACUGAGAUUUUUUUUACUAUAGUAUAGAAGCACAUGUGUACUACAUUGCUAAGGACCUGAUUCUGUCUUGUAAAAUCAGAUAUGUUUUGUGAAACACCUGUAUAAAACCAUUCUUGAAACGCGA